CUAUUUGUUAACAGCACAUGUUCUCACUAGCUAACGUAUAAUAAAAUGUGUUGCUCUAAAGAUCCAUGGCUUUGUCGACAGAUAUUUGUUCUGAUAGUGGCAUGUCUGCACUCGCUGUCCGCGGGCGUGAUGGUCGCCUUUCCAUCAGUCUUGAAUCCCGCUCUUCUAUCACCUAACAGUACCGACAUCACUGCUGAUAGGAACCAAGCUUCAUGGAUUGCAUCAAUAAAUGGAAUCAGUGGCAUCGUGGGUUUCUUCAUAUUGUCACCGAUAUUUCAAAGCUUCGGUCGCAAAGCUGUCAACAUAACAUUGAACGUCGUUAUGUUCGUUGGAUGGAUAACAUUAGCCACUGCAAGCAAUGUCACUAUGCUAUUCAUCGCUAGAGCUAUCCAAGGGUUAACUGUUGGCGGUGUUUUUAUAGCCGCUGUCACAUUAUCAGAAUAUUCAACACCAAGAAGAAGAGGAUACUUCAUGACUUUAAAAAAAAUAUCCAUAGGCCUAGGGUCAUUGACUUGCCAUACUUUAGCACUCAUCUGUACUUGGAGACAAAUAGCCGGUAUUUGUAUAAUACCAAUAAGUCUAGCUAUACUGUUUAUAUUAUUUUGGCCUGAAAGUCCAUCGUAUCUUGCAAUGAAAGGACGUUUCGAUGAAUGCGCGAAGGCAUUUAUAUGGUUAAAUGGGAACUCACUUGAAAGUAAAAUGGAAUUAAAGGAAUUGAUUAACGCACAAACGGAGCAACACGAAUUGAAAAAGAAAACCGAAAACCUUUCACAGAUUAAGAAGUUUUUUAGACAACUUAAUAAUAGAGAGAUGCUGAAAGCUUGUUUUAUCGUUGCAUUGGUAACUUUGUGCAUUGAUGCUUGUGGUAGAUAUUUUCUGCUGGCAUAUUUAACUCAGAUAUUAGAAGAAAUAACCGGUAGUAAUUCUGUAGCUAUGUACGGUUCUAUAGUUUCUGAUUUAUUGUUAAUAUCUGCUUUAGCAGUAUCAUGUUUAGUUAUAAGAUUGUUUGAUAGACGGACUUUAUUAUUUGGUUUAGGUUCAGUUACUAUAAUGUUGAUGUUUAUUAUAAGUAUAGCAGUGUUUACUAAAUCUAAUUACGGUUUUCUAUCAACAGUAACUUGGUUAAUUCCUUGUCUAAUUUUGUUACAUUCUUUCAUAGCUAGUGUUGGUAUUAUUCCAGUUGCAUUUACCAUAUCAUCUGAAGUGUUUCCUUUAGAACAUAGAGGCUUAUGUUCUUGUAUCUCAGGCGUAGCAUUUACUAUAUUCUACGCUGCUACUUUAAAAUUAACACCUUUAAUGAUAGAACAUACUGGUGUAUCAGGUACUUACACAAUUUAUGCACUAAUUGUAACAUUUUGUUUAGCUAUUUUAUUUGUUAUUUUACCAGAAACGAAAGAUAAGACUUUACAACAAAUUGAAAACGAAAUGAAAGGUAAAUCAGAUAGGAAUAGUCGAUUGCUUACUAAUUAACAGAUAAACAUUUUAUUUGAACACAUUUAGCAUAAAGUUAUUUAAUUUCUUACAUAUAAAAUUC